AUGAAGGGAGAAGCUAGAAGUGUGCUACCCACCGAGGAGGCCAAACAGGAAGGACAUAUCUGGGGCUCCAUGCGGAGGACGGUGUUCAUCCUGGGCUCUGGCCUUCUCUUGUUUGUGGCUUUAUGGAACUCAGUCACCUGGCAUCUGCAGAGAUUCUGGGGUGCUUCCGGCUUCUUUUGGCAAGCCCAGUGGGAAAAGCUGCUGUCUGCAUUUGAAGGGAAGGAGUGGAUUCUUUUCACUAUAGCUACCACCCAGGUACCGGGUCUGUUCUUCUGGCUCUUCAGUGGGCUUCUACUGGUGGUUGACACAACCGGAAAACCCAACUUCAUCUCUCGCUACCGAAUUCAGAUGGGUAAGAAUGAUCCAGUGGAUCUUGUGAAACUACGCCGGUCCAUCCGAACAGUUCUCUUCAACCAGUACAUACUCUCUGUUCCCAUGGUUGUCAUGCUUUAUCCCUUACUCAAGUGGAGGGGAGACCCUUGCCGCCAAGAGCUGCCCACCUUCCACUGGUUCCUGCUGGAGCUGGUAAUCUUCACCCUGAUUGAAGAAGUUUUGUUCUACUACUCACACAGGCUCCUUCACCACCCAGCAUUCUACAAGAAAAUCCACAAGAUACACCACGAAUGGACAGCUCCCAUUGGUGUGAUCUCUCUCUAUUCCCACCCCAUAGAGCAUGUGGUCUCCAACAUGUUGCCAGCAAUACUGGGUCCUGUAAUAAUGGGCUCCCACUUAUCAUCUAUCAUCAUUUGGUUCUCUUUGGCUCUCAUUGUUACCAUCAUCUCACACUGUGGCUACCACUUACCUUUCCUGCCUUCACCUGAAUUCCAUGACUUCCACCAUCUCAAGUUCAACCAAUGCUACGGCGUGCUGGGGGUAAUGGACCACCUUCAUGGGACUGACACCAUGUUUAAGCAGACCAAGGCAUACGAGAGACAUGUCAUUCUGCUGGGCUUCACUCCACUCUCUGAGAGCAUUCCUGACUCCCCAAAGAAGAUGAAGUGA